CUCCCUCAGUAGGAUCACUCUGGGGGCGGGGACUCGUCUCACGACUACAUCCCGCAUCCGCAUACGGGUACUUCCUAUAGCUCUCCCCUGUCACUAUGGUCAUGGCGGAGGGUACGGCAGUGCUGAGGAGAAACAGACCGGGCACCAAGGCUCAGGAUUUUUACAACUGGCCAGAUGAAUCCUUUGAGGAAAUGGAUAGUACAUUAGCAGUUCAGCAGUACAUACAACAAAACAUAAGGACAGAUUGUUCUAACAUUGACAAAAUCUUGGAUCCCCCCGAAGGGCAGGAUGAAGGUGUAUGGAAGUAUGAACAUCUCCGGCAGUUUUGUCUUGAACUUAAUGGACUUGCUGUCAAGCUUCAGACUGAAUGCCACCCUGAUACUUGUACUCAAAUGACUGCUACGGAACAAUGGAUAUUUCUUUGUGCAGCUCAUAAGACACCAAAAGAGUGUCCUGCAAUAGACUACACUAGACACACACUUGAUGGUGCUGCAUGUCUUUUGAAUAGUAACAAAUAUUUUCCAAGCAGGGUUAGCAUAAAGGAGUCAUCAGUAGCUAAACUUGGAUCAGUGUGCCGCAGAAUUUACAGAAUAUUUUCACAUGCUUACUUUCAUCAUCGUCAAAUAUUUGAUGAGUAUGAGAAUGAGACUUUUCUGUGUCAACGGUUCACUAAAUUUGUGAUGAAAUAUAACUUGAUGUCCAAGGAUAAUCUGAUUGUGCCAAUAUUAGAAGAGCAAAAUUCAGUUGCUGGAGAGAGUGAAGCAUGAUGAAAUAAACUGCAAAGAAAGUAAUCCACAAUGAGGAACAUACUAACAGUUAUGUACUGUGUGUAUAUAUAUAUAUAUAUAUCAUUUUAGAAUCUUCAAUCAUGUAUCCUUAUAGCUUCUUUGUUAAUAUGGAUUCAGUAUGCUUUGUGCGCUGUUUUGAAAUGAGGAACACCAUUAAGUUAUUCGACUAUUAUUCAUCAAUGUGAUAUGGAUUUUAAGAAACGAGCUGUAUCUGUUUAUAAAUCCUGUUAAUAAAUUUUUUUCAUUGUU